GGCGGCGCAGCACGGCUCAGCUCCGCUCGGCUCCGCUCCGCUCCGCUCCGCACCGGGAGGCUCACGGGGCCCCCGAACAAGGAUGGCGGCCCCCGAGGCCGGCAGCACAGGUGGGGUGAUCAGCUACGUGGGCUCCAGCGGCGCCUCUCCCACCCGCACCAGCCCCGUGUCCCUCUGCAGCGACAGCUCCAACGGCAGCUCCCAGUCGGGCUCCCAGCCCUUCCCCACGUACUUCCCCCCGUCGCCCACCGGCUCCCUCCAGGAUUCCCGCGCCUACGGCGGGGGCUCACUGGCCCCCCAUGAGGACGGCUCCCCUUCCUCCUCCUGCUCAUCCUCCACCACCACCACCUCCUCCUCCUCCUCCUCCUCCUCGUCGUACGGCUCCUCGGUGAACUUCCCCGGGGUGCAGCCGGUCCCCGCGGACGAGCGGCGCCGCAGCUCGCCCAGCAAAGCCGGCAGCACCGUCACCAAGCUCAACGGGAUGGUGCUGCUCUGCAAAGUCUGCGGGGACGUCGCCUCCGGCUUCCACUACGGCGUCCACGCCUGUGAGGGCUGCAAGGGCUUCUUCCGCCGCAGCAUUCAGCAGAACAUCCAGUACAAGAAGUGCCUCAAAAAUGAGAACUGCUCCAUCGUCCGCAUCAACCGCAACCGCUGCCAGCAAUGCCGCUUCAAGAAGUGCCUGCUGGUUGGCAUGUCCCGCGACGCCGUGCGCUUCGGGCGCAUCCCCAAGCGGGAGAAGCAGCGGAUGCUGGCGGAGAUGCAGAGCGCCAUGGGCGGCAUGGCCAGCGCCCCACCGCCGAUGCCAGGCCCCGGCGAGGGUCCCGCCGCGGGCGGGGGCCGCGCGCCGCCCCCCGGCCCCCCGCCGCUCGCCCCCCCUGCCUGCUUCUCCCAGUUCCCCCAGCAACUGACGCCCCCUCGCUCGCCCAGCCCCGGGGGGGCCACCGAGGACGUCAUCGCGCAGGUGGCCAAGGCCCACAAGGAGAUCUUCAUCUACGCCCAUGACAAGCUGGGACCACCCCCCGCCUGCGACAGCGGCCUCCUGCGCUGGGACGCGCCCCCCGCCUGGGCCCCCGGCCCCCCCGAGCCCCGGCUCUGCCCCGCCGCCUACCCCGAGCCCCCGGCCCCACGGGGGUGCCCCUGGCCCCGCAGCCCCAAGGACGUCCUGCCGGCGUGUCCCAUGAACAGCCACGUUCCCGGGCGCAGCGGGCGCUCCGUGCAGGAGAUCUGGGAGGAUUUCUCCCUCAGCUUCACCCCCGCCGUCCGCGAGGUCGUCGAGUUCGCCAAGCACAUUCCCGGCUUCCAGGCGCUCUCCCAGCAUGACCAGGUCACCCUGCUCAAGGCUGGCACCUUUGAGGUGCUGAUGGUUCGCUUCGCGUCGCUGUUCGACGUGAAGGAGCAGACGGUGACGUUCAUGAGCCGCACGCGGUACGGGCUGGAGGAGCUCUGGGCCAUGGGCAUGGGGGACCUGCUCGGGGCCAUGUUCGACUUCAGCGAGAAGCUCAGCGCCCUCGAGCUCAGCGACGAGGAGCUGGGGCUCUUCACCGCCGUCGUCCUCGUCUCGGCAGUGCAGUUAGUUUAA